AUGGCGGAACCUACGCCUCAGAAGCCAAAGGUGCCACAAUCCAGAGACAGGACACCGCCAAAGAGCCGACCGCAUAGGGACGGUGCUGCGGUUGACGGACUCGUUGCUGCGAGUCAAAACGGUGUUGAAACCGCCAAGUCAGGGCCAGAUGAGCUUCCAAGCCCGAAGAUCAUCAAGAAAGGCACCCGAAGCCUGACGCCAAAGCGGCCGCAGGGACCAUCGACUUUUGGCAUGAGCCAGGAGAACGAGACGGUGGCCGGCUGGGUGGAGCACGACACUCGCAUCCGUCGCGCCAUGCCCUUGAACCCAACCUCCAAACAACGGGAGGAUGGGAAAGCGAACCUGGCUGUCCACCCUGCCCUCGAAGCAGCUCGCGCAAAGGGCAAACGGUUCCGAGGCGUGAAGAGGUAUGCCGGAAUCGGGGCUCAAGCCUCCUCUGUGGACCAGGUGAUCUUUGGCCGCGACAUGGAUUUUAGUGGAGAAGGAGACGGCGCAGAUCUUGCAGAGUACGACGGCCGUGCCGGUAUUUCCUCUCAGUCCGUGCCACGUGCAGGUGGUGUGAAGAAGGUAGAUGCUCCGAAAGGGGCAUGGAUCAGCAUCGGCAGGUGUUCCGAGGAGUCCGGGAAGAUUUGGUCACCAGGUGGCUGCCGUCAUUCACCCGGUAACUCGAACACCACAGGCCCAUUAUCUCCCAAUCAAAGCCAUGGUGUUGCCGAGGUCUUUGGGGGAAGCGAUGAGCAGCAGCAGAAGCAGAUCCAGGCAGCACGAGUGGCAGUCUUUGGCCGGGAUUCCGCGGGUGCACCGUCUUGGAAGUCUGCCAAGGCCACGAAGCAGGAUGGCCGAGGCGGAGCUGAUCUGGUUGGUGCUGUCGUCUUCGGCCAAGCAGGCGCCGGGCCGCCGCCCGGCGGCUCGAGCACGGGCUCUCGAGAUCUGUCUCUGUCUCUGGCCUCGCGCAAGCGACGUGUCGAUCCGAAGGUCUGCUUUGUUGACACUGCUGGGCAAACGUCUGCAGAAAUCCACGUUGACAAGGGGAAGAGGGUUGGCACGCAAUACAAGGAUACCUCCGGCUCUGCUGGCUGCUGCAGCGAAAACCUGUGCACUUUGCAAGCGGGCUGGCAUCCGGAAGCUCGGGACAGGUUGGUGAAAGCCGCUUCAGGUUUUCACGAGCCAGCUUGCGCAAUGAAAUGUACGACUGACAAGGUAGUGUAUGGCCAGCUAACCCCACGGCAAUCAGAGCCAUUAUGGGCUGAGCGCAAGGCCAACAUACUGCGGGAGUAUCCAGGGCGGAAGCACUUGGGAGCACUAGGGAUGCCGUUCAUGGCGCAGCAAGCGGAUAUCUUCAGUGAUGGCUCCCGGCGAACGGCUACCCCACCGCCUUCAGCAUCUGGCUUAGCCACAUCAAUGGGGCAAAACCGGUCUGUAGCUAGCUUGUUUGAAGGUUCCGCAGGCAAGCCCACGGCGCUGGCAGAGUGGGACCAGCCGAGACCCACGCGGGCGCGAACGCCGCCCCCAUCCCGGCGCUGCGCGGAGGCGGAGGGCCCUCCGGUCCCCGGCGGGAGGAUGAAAGGAGCGAUUCCGAUGCCGCUCACAGAGCGUCAGCAUCCGCUCUACGGCCGCUCCAAUGUCGCAUGCCUUCUCGGAGAAGCCUGA